GAGCGCUGCAGCGCGCGCUGUUUUCGGUUCCUAUUAAAAAUAAUUUUAAAGAAUUAUCAAUAUUUCCUUAAAGCCUGCGGAGUUGCGGCACUCGAACCGAUAUUUGCAAAGGAACCGAAGAGAAAAUCGUCGUGAUAGUGAGUUUUUGUUCGUCUCCAGAAAAUCAACCAAAAUAUGGAUACUUAAAAGAAGUAUAACGAUGCAUAUUGUGACUUAGUAAACAUAAAUCGAUUUAAUUAAUAUUUAAACUUGUUGUUUUCGCCGAGUGGGCGCGUUUUGUUACUUAGUCGCUUUUCGAUUUUCGUUUUUCCGACUUUCCUGCGCGCGGAACGGGUUUUCUCCACUGAAGCCUUGCGGUGUUUUUGCUCCCAAGCAGCAAGAAAAAAAAACAAGGCUGAAAAACUAAAUUAAAGCGACAGGCUGGCAUUUGCGGCAAAUUAAUCGAUGUGCGGCAUGGACUUUUAAUUCGCAAAUUCACCAUCGAUUUUUCCUUUGAGCUCAGCUGCAGUGCGCUAGUGUUGGUCCUCACGUGUGUGUGUGUGUGUGCGAGUCCUGGCAAUACAAAUAAACAGUUGAGUUAGGUAAACGGAACCAUAAAAGGAAGUGAAUAAAGAGAGAGGAGAGGGAACGACAGAAUAGGACGAGUCCGAGUCCUUGAGUGAUCCCUUUUUUUCAGCUGCAGCUGUCACGAAAAUUCGCGCGAGUGUGUGUGUGGGAGAGAGAAAACGAGAAGACCGGUGAUAAUUUCUCUCCCUUUCGUUCUCUGUGUUUGUGCAUUCAAUUUGCACAAAACUCAAGCGACUCGCCAAAUUCGCAAAUUUCCGUCCGCGAAUUGCCAUCCAUUAUUUUGCACUCCCCCCAAGAGAGCGAGAGCAAUAAUAGAAUUAUCAGGCAGCGCUGAAAAAAUAACAAAAAAAGCGAGGAAAAAAGAGAAUGCCCUGGGAGGCCGUAAUGCCGCGACCCUCUGACAUUUCCAUCGUCGCCCACCAAAGGAACAACAACUGAGCAGCAAAAACAACAGUUCGACAAACAAACAAACAAACAAAACAGCGAACGAGCGAAUCAACGAACGAAACUCCAGCAGCCUCAACCGCUGGCACAGUUUUCCUCCUUUAACUCCAACUCCGUGGUGGACUAUCGCUCGGCCAUGUCCGCCACUCUCUUCGAGAUGGCAUCGCAGGCGGAGGAACAGCGACCGAUUGUCUGCCUGGAGGAGCAGCAGCUGAUGGUGGGCAUGAGCAGCCUGGAGCUGAGUGAAUCCGUAGUGACGCCGGGCAAUUGCGAUGGCAGCGACAGUGGGCUGGAUGUGGCCAGUUGUUGCCUCUCGCGGGUCACCCUGCAACGUGGACUGAGCAGCACGAGUGGCGGCUACACGAGUAGCAAUGGUCUGGAGGAGAUCUACGACAGCUGUGAGCUUAAGGUGACCACAGUGGCCCAGGAGCCCAGUGAAACGGGCAGUGAAAAGACCACACCGCCGCCUAGGAGAACGGGUUCGGUGAAGAAGAAGGUGGCCAUGUUCGAGCCAGCGGAGUCAACGGGUAGUCCGGCCAAGGAUCAAUUACGCGGCAGAGUGGCCAACCUAAAGAGAGCGGAGAGCCUGCCCAGAAAUACUGUGGGGCCAGGAACACCUGGCACACCUUCCACUCAAAGGGAAAAGUCGCGCCUUUCGACCUCCUCCUCCUUUCGAGUGCCCAGUUCCGCUGCCACGCCCACCUCGGCGCGCCUGGCCCGCCCCCAGAAACCGGAUACGCUGCCCAAUGCCCUGAAUCGGGCGCAGUCGGUCCAGCGGCUCAGCCAGGUGCAGCGAACGCCCUCGUUGAGUCGGGCCAGGACACCGGGAACGCCCUCGGACGACGGUCGUUGGCCGGCGAAUCGGGGAGCGGCUCGUCGCGGAAUGUCGGUGACCCCGGAGGUGACGGUUAACCGAAUGCGGGGAAGUCCUGCACCGGGAGGAACCCUCCCGCGUCGCCGGAAACAGCAGUCGGUGGAGGAUCUCACUGGGGGACGGCUGUCCAGGAGCAACUCCAUUAGCCGGGCGGCCGUCGUGGAUGCCCGCAUGACCUCCUCGGUGAUGGUGGUGCCCACAAGUCGCCGGAGUUUGGCUCCCGCCACCGCCAAGGUCAACUCCCUGCGAAGACCGCAGCCGGUGACUCCUAGGACUAGAAUCUAUCACGAAACUGCUGUGCAAACUGCCCUGACCAGUGAGGAUUUGGAGCAAGUUUUGGGCGGCGGUCUGCUGCAAACGCGAGCCUUGGACGCCGUGGAGCAGCGGCAUCAAAGCACCCAGGCGGAACCCGACCAACGAGACCUGGAGCUGGAGCAACUGCGCCAGGAGGUGCGCCAGCUGAGCGGGAAACUGCAGCGGGAGCGGGAGGAGAAGCUGGCCAUGCAGCAGGAGCUGCACCUCAACACCGAGCGCGUGAUGGGCAUGCUGGAGCUGGCGCGAGUGGUGAGUGCCAGUGCGGGAACUCCGACGUCGGAGGACAGUGGCGAUGGCAGCGGUCAUGACAGCCUGCUCAUGCUGGAGUCCCAGAUCCAGAUCAGUGGCCAUGAGCUCUUCGAGCGCCAGCAGGAGAUUGGCCAGCUGAGAUCGAUGUGCCGCGCCCUGCAGCUGGAGAUGCGCAGAUCCCUGGCCACCCAGCAGCUGCUCCUCCAGGAGAAGGCGGCCAUCGAACAGGAGUCCAGUGAACUGCAGGACUUUCUGCAGCACGAGAAGGCCGCCCAGUGCGAUGCUCUAAGGGAUUUGGAAGCGGACUAUCAGGCGGUCAAAGCGCAGUUGGCCAAUCGCGAGGAGGAGGCCAAGGUCCUGCGGGAUGAGUGCCGACAUCUGGUGCGGCUCAAUGAGCAGCGGCGCCAGGAGAACCGGCUGCUGCAGACCAAGUUCACCGCCCUGGAGAACAAGUCGCGGGAGCUGAUCCACCAGCAGAAUGCCUCGGUGGCCGGAGCAUCAACUGCCCUCUCGGGAUUGCACUCUCGACUGGAUGGUCUGGUGGAGCAGCUGGUCUACUCAUACAGUAUUUCCGAGCAGGACUUGGAGGACAUUCGCUUCCAGGCGGAAUCGGAGCAGGUGCAGAACGGCCAGAGGCCCAAUGGCCUGGACCUGCCCAUUUGUCCUGCCGCCAGUGGCGAUGCCAUCCACACUCUGGUCCUGGCCAGCGACGGUUCCCUCUCCCCGCAGCGCAAUCAGUCCUUCAUCGCCGCCGUCAUCGGUGCCAUUCGCCAGGCCACCACCCAUUCCGGCAAGCGGUUGUCCCUGCGACAGGCGGGAAAGAGGAACGGAGUGGGUUCGGGAUCAGCUCAAGCCGUUACUACGGGCACCACGGGUCAUGAGGCUCACGGGAAUGGAGAUGAUUCAGACUCCACUGAGAUGCUGGACUCCGAGACGGAACCCUGCCUGCUGAUGAUGGACAACGUGCUGGAGGAUGUGGUCCACCCGGAUUCGCAUUCGCACAACAUGGUCUCCUCCUGCACGGGCAUGAUCUCCCAAAUAGAGCUGCCCACGGAAUUGAUUAGUCAGUGUAGCCAUCAAAACAACCUAAACCUAAAUGGGAUAGCAGGCGGGGAUGACUCGCUGCAGCAGUUGUCCCAGGCCAUCACCAAUCGCCAGCAAAUGGAGCUGCAUAUGCACAAGAUGAACGGCAUGCCGAUGAAUCCUCGCGAUCAGUGCAACACGGAGGAGCUGAGUUGCCACGAUUCGCUGGCGGAACUGGCUGAGCUGCCCUCGCUGAUGGAAUACAGCACCGCACAGGCUGUGGUGGACCAGGUGAUCGAGGUGGACACCCUGGUGACCAAGUUGCUCAAGGUCUUGAGACUGGUUCAGCUGGACAACGACAACUGCAUACAGCAAUUGAUAGUUGACAAGAACAAACUGCAGCAGCACAAGGAGGACAUGCUGGAGAAACUAAAAGACUUGGAGGACGUCAAUCUGAAGCUGCAGGACGAACUCAUGGACGCCACCCAGGAGCUGAUGAUCAAGGGCAGCGACCUCGGGGGCGCCAAGGCCGAAAUGCAGCGCCAUCGCAACGAGAUCGACCGUCUCAACGAGGACAUUUGCACGCUGAGCACACUCUGCAGCAGCUACAAGAAGCUGUCGCCCACCACGGAGUUCCCGCCCAUGCGCCUGCUUUCCCCCAACCAGGACUCCGAGCAGGGCGAUGUCCUGGGAAUCCUGAACCUGCUCAAGAUGUGGCAAGCGGGUGGCCAGCUGAAGGACCCGCGAGUUCGUGGAUACCUCGAAAUGGUUAAUGGCAGUCAGGAUAACAACAAUGUGGAACGCCUUAGGAUCUACGCCAAUCAACUGGAGCACGUAUCCCGUGUCUUGGACGACGGACUGCCCAUGGAGCUGCCUGCACCGCUUCGUCAGCUGCGCCAGGACAUCGAGGUGGUCAGGACGAAUGCCAACUGGACUCAGCUGCUCGAAUCAAACGAAACGGAUCACAAUGCCAACGGCGAUGUGGCCGCGCCUUGAAUUGUGUCAAAAACUGUUGUUAAAAUUGUCUAGUUAACUAUUAGAUCUUGAGCGUUGUUUACUUUUACGUAGUUAGUUACAAAUGUUUGCGUCCAAUUCAGAGCGAAACUGCGCAUGAGAGGCAUCGAUGUUUUAACCGCGUCCAAAAGAUGUAAUAUUUUAACGAAAUCAUUCCAUUCCACAAAGCAACUAGACUUCUUUAGGCCACUAGUAAUUACAUUUCAGUUUGUUUUUGCAUUUAGCUUACAUUGCAUACCCCACAGCAUUUGA